AUGUGGCGAGCUAGAAGUCGAGUAGUAGCGGCGCUGGUUUCAAACGGUCAUGCAUUUGUGAUUGGCAAUAGCCGAUCAUUUCAAAAAACUCAUCUUUACAAAGGAGCUCAUGCGCGUUCAAUUAUAUCAAUUGCCAGCGAGAAAGAGGCAUAUGAAGUGUUUGAAAAGGCAAAAAAACUACUGGAUACUGACGAUCUGCAACAGGCAAUGGGGCAUUUAGAAGCAGCAGCGUGUGCCAACGUUCCUGAUGCGCAAUAUUUGCUAGGAUCAUUGUUGUUAAACGAAGACGUCGAGGAGAACGAAGACGAAGCUCAACGUAAAAAUAAGGAGCUGAUUCGUGAUGCUGAGGAAAAUCGUCAGCGUUUGAGACGCUUCGAUGAUACUCAUGAUAUUAAAGAGAUUCGAAAGAGUGCACGUGCCGCUUAUAAGCAAUAUCUUAUGGAGAAGGAGCGGAAAAAGCAGACCAAAGCGGCACUCUUGGCUGAGAAUACGUCAGUGGUUCAGCACGUAACAUCAAGCGAGUUAAAUCAUGUCUUUGGAAAGACGAUGGAGCACUUGCUUGACCCAAAGAUUAAAUUUGAACCGCUGGAUGAAAAAGACCGCGGUAAUAAUGCCAUGGAUACCACAAAGGCAGUCGAAUGGCUGCGUCGUGCCGCUGACAAUAACCACCGUGAUGCAACCGUCCAACUUGGUAACUUAUGUCUGAGUCAUGAUCCGCCGAUGGCACUGGAAGCUAGCGCGUGGUAUACUCGUGUGACAAAGGGCGAGAAUCCGCACCCGGAUGCACUAUAUAAUCUUGGUGUGAUGCUGUUUGAGGGUGUGCAGCAUGCUGAUCCCCCCUUCAUUGGCAACAGAAGCGCUUCUAUUCCAUUUUUCACUCAUGCUGCAGAACUAGGAGAUACUUCAGCGCAAUUCUUUAUGGGGAUGCUACUGCACCAAGGUGACAAGGAAUUGGAGAUUGAGCCAGAUUUUAAAAGUGGCCUCAUGCUGAUCAAGAUGGCGGCUAGCAAAAACCACCCGGCCGCUUUAUAUUAUCUAGCCCAGCUCUAUCGCUCGGGUGAUGAAGCCAAUAAUCGUACUGCAGACCGAGCCAAAUUCCUCGAGUAUUUAGACAAGGCGAUGAUGGCUGGUGAUUCGGACGCACUCUUUUGUAUGGCUGAUAUCUAUUAUCACGGAAGUGAUGGUUUUGAGCGCGACUAUGAGCAGGCUCACAACUUUUACAUGGCUGCAGCUCAGCAGGGACACGCAAACGCCUAUUGCUGUCUUGGUGCUCUUUACUAUAACGGUAUUGGUGUCGAGCAGGACUUUGAAAAAGCUUUCUUGUACUACCAGGAAGCUGCAGAGAAGGACUCGAUGGAGGCAUGGAAAAAUCUGGCAGACAUGUACAUGAUAGGUCGCGGUGUACCACGGAAUGAAGCCACAGCCAAUGCGAUCAUGAACAUGCUUAGAAAGGGCCAAGCCGAGGAGAACGUGUAA